AUGUCUUCUCCAGCCAAAGAGAACGUCCCGGCAUACGGUGAUGUAGAAAAGGGGACGCUUGAGGUUAUCCCGACUUCCAAAGCGACGCCCGACUUCCCUGUCGACGAGAAGAAGGACCUCACAGUCGUAGCAGUCAAUCCCGCCGAUCAUUUACCAUCACUAAAGAAAGAGUCGCAACCGUCUACGAAGCCCACGCCGAAGCCCAAGAAGCAGGUGUCUAAUUGGAUCAAGUUCAAGAUUUGGUUCAACACAUAUCGUAAAUUCUUCUGCUUGACUUUCGGAUUGAACAUGAUUGGGCUUGGUCUCGCCGCAUCCGGUCACUUUCCGUAUGCGGUUAAAUACUCUGGCGCCAUGGUUGUCGGGAACUUCAACUUCGCCAUCCUUAUGCGCAACGAAAUUUUCGGUCGUAUCCUUUAUUGGUUUGUGAACACUUUCUUUGCCAAGUGGACCCCUUUAUGGUGGCGCUUGGGAUGUACCUCAGUCCUGCAGCAUCUCGGAGGAAUCCAUAGUGGUUGUGCGUUAUCAGGAGUCCUUUGGCUGCUCCUGAAGGUCAUCAAUAAUUUCCGCCACCACGAUGUCAAUCACGAUGCUGUACUGGUCAUGGGCGUCGUCACAAACUUGGCCGUCAUGAUCUCAGCUUUGAGUGCUUUCCCGUGGGUUCGAAACACGCACCACAAUGUGUUCGAGCGGCACCAUCGCUUCGUAGGAUGGAUCGGCCUAAUGUUCACUUGGGCUUUUGUCAUUCUCGGCGACACCUAUAACCCAGACACAAGGACCUGGAACCUCAGCGGCGUGCAUCUAGUAAGACAACAAGAUUUCUGGUUUACUUGUGGUAUGACUGUCUUCAUCGCCCUCCCCUGGAUAUGUGUCCGUGAGGUACCCGUGGAUAUUGAGUUGCCAUCACCAAAGGUCGCAAUCGUGCGUUUCAGAAGGGGAAUGCAGCAAGGACUUCUGGGGCGCAUCAGCCGUUCGUCCAUCAUGGAGUAUCACGCCUUUGGUAUCAUAUCUGAAGGAACUCAUGCGAAAUAUCAUUAUAUGAUUUGUGGCGUACAAGGCGACUUCACGCGCAGUUUGGUGAAUGAUCCGCCAAAGACGCUAUGGACACGAGAGCUAAAGUUUGCGGGUGUCUCGAACACGUCUACUCUUUACCGCCGAGGAAUACGUAUCUGCACAGGAACAGGGCUCGGCGCCGCACUUUCUACAUGUCUACAAUCCCCAUACUGGUACCUCAUCUGGAUAGGUUCUGAUCAAGAGAAAACUUUCGGUCCAACGAUCAGUAGUCUCAUUCACCGACACAUUGGUCCUGAGCGGUUGCUCCUAUGGGACAGUAAGAAGCGUGGCGGCCGCCCAGAUACCAUGAAGAUUCUCAAGGAGGUAUAUCAUUACUGGAACGCGGAGGUCGUCUUCAUCACAUCCAAUUACAUUGGAAACUCAGAGAUCAUGGAGGGCUGCAAAGAAGCUGGUAUACCCGCUUUCGGUACCCUGUGGGACUUUUAA